AUGUUGAGAGUUGGCCGCACAAUAGGCACAGGGUCCGCCGUUCGAUCUAUGGCCACAGUGGCUAGAGUUAGGGGACAAGCACCAUUGAGUCGAUUUGAGCCUGAUCAUAGCGUUGACUAUGUGAGUUUCGUGGAUAGACUUCCCCGUUUACGGAAGAUCCUUGACCGCCCUCUCACCUAUGCUGAGAAGGUUCUCCUUGCCCACCUUGAUGGUGAACAAGAUGAGAAAGUGAUUCGAGGUACAACACAGCUAAAGCUGAAACCUCGGCGAAUAGCCUGCCAAGAUGCGACAGCUCAGAUGGCUAUCAUUCAAUUCAUGACAGCUGGACUUGACAAGACUGCAGUUCCCACCACAGUUCACUGCGAUCAUCUUAUCGUAGGACGAGAUGGGAGUCAACAAGACCUAGCAGGGGCACUCACAAGCCAUGGUGAGGUAUAUGAAUUCAUGUCAAGUGCUUGUCAACGCUACAAUAUGGGUUUCUGGAAGCCCAAUGCAGGCAUCAUCCAUCAGAUUGUGCUUGAGAACUACGCUUUUCCCGGCGGCAUGUUAAUCGGAACUGACUCUCACACACCAAAUGCCGGCGGGAUGGGCAUGAUCGCUGUGGGUGUUGGUGGUGCUGAUGCGGUUGAUGUCAUGUCAGGUCUUCCUUUAGAGAUUACAGCCCCCAAAAUCAUUGGGGUCAAAUUGACAGGUCAAUUAAGCGGCUGGACUAGUCCCAAAGAUGUCAUCAAUGCAGUUGCAGGAAUCCUUGGAGUCAAGGGUGGCACCGGAAACAUUAUUGAAUACUUUGGUCCCGGCGCAGAAACAAUAUCAGCUACGGGGAUGGCCUCAAUUACUAACAUGGGCGCUGAAACGGGAGCAACAACGUCCAUCUUCCCUUACUCUGGAGCCAUGUCUUCUUACUUACGCGCGACCCGCCGACCCGAGCUGGCUGAAGCUCUACAAGUGGCCAAGCAUGAGCUUCAAGCAGACGAGGGUGCAGAGUAUGACCACGUUAUCGAGAUCGACCUGUCUACGCUAGAGCCUCGCAUCAAUGGCCCAUUUACGCCAGACUUAUCGACGCCAAUCUCGAAAUUGGGUCAAGCAGUUCAGGAGAAUAAGUGGCCACAAAAGCUUACCGCCGGACUCAUCGGAUCAUGCACAAAUUCUUCUUUUGAAGAUCUAUCUCGCGCUGCCAGCUUAGCACGCCAAGCUCUGGAUGCAGGGUUAAAGCCCAAGAUGCCAUUGCUCCUCUCUCCUGGAAGUGAGCAGACAAACCAGACACUCAAGCGUGAGGGCGUCACUGAGGUCUUUGAGCGUCUGGGUAGCAAGAUCCUGUCUAAUGCCUGUGGGCCCUGCUGUGGUUCAUGGGACAGAACCGAGAUGAAGAAGGGCACGCCAAACUCAAUCCUGGCAUCCUAUAACAGAAAUUUCACAGGACGCCUUGACGGAAACCCAGCCACCCAUGCAUUCCUUUCUUCCCCUGACAUGGUCAUGGCGAAGGUCUUUUCUGACGACCUCGGCUUCAAUCCGCUGCAAGAUAGCCUUGUCACAGAGUCUGGCGAUGAGUUCCGUUUCAAGCCUCCUAGUGGUGACGCACUCCCAUCGGAGGCCUAUGAGAACACAGACCAUGUCUACGAUGCGCCCUCGACGGACCCCCAGUUCCGACAAACCGUAGACGUUCAAAUAUCACCAGGGUCUCAACGCUUGCAAAGACUACCUCCCUUCAAGCCUUGGUCCGGGCAAGAUUUCGUCGAGUGUCCUAUCCUCAUCAAGACUGUUGGUAAAUGCACAACAGACCAUAUCACUACAGCAGGCCCAUGGAUGCGUUUCCGUGGUCAUCUAGAAAACAUUUCUAACAAUACUCUCAUUGGCGCUGUCAACGCGGAUAACAAAGAGGUUAAUAAGGUGGUAAACCAAAUUACUGGAGGGCAUGGUGGUGUUCCAGACACAGCCAGAGACUACCAACAGCGAGGACUUCCAUGGGUCGUCGUAGCAGAUCACAACUACGGCGAGGGAUCAUCACGUGAGCAUGCCGCUUUGCAGCCCCGAUACCUUGGCGGCGUUGCUAUCAUCGCCCGUUCAUUUGCCCGUAUUCACGAAGCCAAUCUCAAGAAGCAGGGUAUGCUGGCCUUGACAUUCGUUGAUGAUACGGCUUAUGAUAGGAUCAAGGCUUCCGAUCGCAUCAGCAUUGUUGGACUGGCGGGGCUAGCACCUGGAAAGCAUGUGCAGCUCAGAAUCAGUUCGAAGGAUGGUACAAGUUGGGUAACCAGAACUAAGCACACCUUUACCAGUGAGCAAGUUGAGUAUUUCAAGGCUGGAAGUGCUCUGAAUGUGAUGGCUAGUCGGCUUUUAGACAAGUCGCCUCCAUCAGCUGCCUUAUAA